GUCUUGUUGGCAUGGCUGGCAUUGGUGAGACACUCUUGUUCUCCAAAUAGCUUCCUUGGGUCUUCGCACAUUUCCUCACACCUCUCUUUCCUCACACAUUUGACGCUUUCAACAAAAAUGUCAUCAACCAACGAUCCCACGGAAAAGGCGGCGAACUUACCUCCUCCUCCGCCGGCCGGCGCCGACGUCGAGAACCAAGCGCCGCCGCCAUCGAGGGGGUUCGGCGUCCCCGGAAUCUUACAGCGGUGGCGGAGAGAGGAUUUACUCAAGAGAGGCUCUCUGGCUGUCCGAGGAUUAUGUUUUCUCUUUUCUAUCCUCGCUUUGAUUAUCAUGGCCAGCAACAAACACGGCUAUUCGAGAAAUUUCGACGAAUAUGAAGAAUAUAGGUAUGUGUUGGCGAUUGCGAUUUUAUCGACUCUGUAUACCGGUGCGCAAGCCUUGAGGCAAGUUCAUGAACUUUCCACCGGAAAACAAUUCCUUUCGCCUCGGAAUUUGGCAUUCAUUGACUUCUUUGGUGAUCAGAUUAUGGCGUACUUGCUGAUAUCUGCAGCAUCAGCCGCAGUUCCCAUGACAAACAGGAUGCGAGAAGGGGGGGACAACAUUUUCACGGACUCCUCAGCCGCUGCAAUUAGCAUGGAAUUCUUAGCAUUCAUGGCUCUGGCAUGUUCAUCCCUCAUUUCAGGAUACAAACUAUCGAACCAAUCUUAUAUCUAAGCAAAGCUACUUUGCUUGGUAAUUCCUUGCUUCUAUUUUUUUAUUUUAUCGUGUUACUAAUUCUUCGUUUCUCAUCCACGCCAUACCUUGUUUAUGUAAAUUUGUGUUUAAGCACGUAGGCAUUUUUUUCUCUGUAUAGUCAGUCAGUUAAAUGUGCCCUAUUUUUCUACUGCACGUGUCCUGAAGAAUGUGGGUGAUUCAGGAUUGGAUAAAGUAUUGUAAUAUAAAACAUUUGAUUGAUGUAGUGUUGCAAUGAUAAUGUGUUGUUUGAGAAUUUCUCUGGCA